CUGACGAUGUGAGGUUGCGCACAGGCAGAACGACCGACGCAUGAAGAAGCGCAACAGGAGUUGAGCGCGCCCAGUCUCUAUUCAACUUUAUCCAAAUGCCAUUCUAAAGUUGGUAUUGGGAUGUACGACUUUUCUCUGUUUCCGUGGAUUUGAAUAAACUACGGUUUUCUUUUCUUUUGUUUUAAUCUGCCUUCAUUUGUAAUCUCUUCGUGUUGGAAAAGUUGGUAUUUGUUUUACAAAAAUGGAGCGAAAAACGCCGGGGAAUCUUUCUUGCUGUUGGAGCUUUCUUCUCGCGUACUUCUGGUGCUGUAAUCUCACUGAGUGUUACAAUUUGGAUGUAGACCACCCCAUUAGUUUCAGUGGACCAAAUGGAUCUUUAUUUGGAUAUUCUGUAUUGUUACACAAGUACCAGAAAAACACAUGGUUAUUAGUCGGAGCUCCAGUUGCGAAUUCAUCUUCCUACCCAGCCGUAAAAGAUCCAGGAGCAAUUUAUAAGUGCAGCAUCUCGAACAAGAGAGAAUGUCAGCAAAUAUCAACAGGUGUGGACAGUUGUGGGAAGACAUGCUUCUCUGAGAGUGACAACCAGUGGCUCGGAGUCAGCCUGUCCAGACAGCCUCGUGAUGGCCAUGUAUUGGCAUGUGGGCAUCGUUGGAAGAACGUGUUCUAUUCCAGGAAAGAAAACCAGAACAAGCUGCCUCAUGGUGUCUGUUACAGAUACGAGGCUGACCUCAAACAGUCUCAACCACUCAUCCCAUGCUACAAAGAUCACCAACGGAAGUUUGGUGAGGACUAUGGAUCAUGCCAAGCAGGGAUAUCCAACUUUCUGACUGAGGACUUGAUAAUAAUGGGAGCCCCAGGGACAUCGUACUGGACUGGGUCUGUUCUGGUCUACAACACCUCCAGCAGGGUCCUGUCUGCCUAUGUGGAUGACAGCAGCACUGUCCUCUAUGGCAGUUACCUGGGCUACUCGGUUGGGGCUGGCCACUUCCUCCACCCUGACUCCACAGAGAUUGUUGGCGGUGCACCUCAGCACGGGCAGACUGGUAAGGCCUACCUAUUCAGAGCUGAAGAAAACAUGCUGAAGAUAAUCAGUGAAGUCAAGGGCAGCAAGCUCGGCUCGUAUUUUGGUGCCAGUGUGUGUGCCGUGGACCUGAAUGGAGAUGGCCUGUCUGAUCUACUGGUAGGAUCUCCCAUGUACAGCACCGUGAGAGAGGAAGGACAAGUCCAUGUCUACAUAAACCAAGGAGCCGCUAAUAUGAAGGAAGCAGAGUUUCAGUUGGUGGGAAGCAACUCCUAUGCUGCCAGAUUUGGGGAGACCAUAACUGAUCUGGGAGAUAUUGAUGAUGAUGGCUUUGCUGAUGUGGCAGUGGGGGCUCCGCAGGAAGAAGAGCUGCGUGGGGCUAUAUAUAUCUACAAUGGGAGGAAAACAGGGAUCUCUCAGACCUUCUCUCAAAGGAUCACUGGCUCUGUUCUGGGUAAUGAGUUAAAGAUGUUCGGCCAGUCUGUGUCAGGAGGCAUCGAUGUUGAUGAAAACGGUUACCAAGAUGUAGCAGUAGGGGCCUUCCUCUCAGACUCAGCUGUGGUUCUGAGGACUCGUCCAGUGAUAGUGGUAGAAGCCUUCAUGCCCCUGCCUGUCAGUGUAAACCGCUAUGUAGCGCUGUGUUCUGACAACGGUCUCCCUGCUGUCUGCAUCAAUGCUACAGUCUGCUUCAGGGUCCAUGCUCGACACGUCACCUCUUCAAUAGUGCUCCAGUAUAAUCUGACAGCAGACACGCAGCACAAGGAGUCCUUCCCCUCACGUUUCCAUUUCCACGGAAACGGGACGUCCAACGCUACAACAGGGCGGGUCAAGACCAGACACGACCAGCUGACCUGCGUCCCCCACCAGGCCUUCAUGAGGAAAGAUGUCCGAGAUAUCUUCACACCCAUCCAUUUUGAGGUUUCGUACGCCCUCAGAGAGCACACUGUCCAUAACGGGGGAUCCACUUUCCCUGUUCUGAAACCCAUACUGCAGCAGAGAGGGGGACACGGUAACCUGGUGGCCAAUAAGACAGAGUUUGCUCGGUACUGUUCAUUGGCCAACUGCUCAACCAAUCUGCAGGUCUCUGCUCAACUGGUGUUACCACAGAGACACAACAACAUGCCGUACUUUGCACUUGGCAAUGGGAAGACCAUCAUGUUGAACACAACCCUGGUGAACACUGGAGAUGAUGCAUUCCUCCCCAGACUCCAGCUCCGAUUCCCCAGUAACCUGCACUACAUCAAAGUGCUUGACGCAGAGGAGAAGUUUGUGAGCUGUGACAUUUCAGAGGAGAACAAGACAAUAGUAGGAGUGGAUUGCAGUGUGGGAAACCUGUACCUCAGCUCUGGGGCCAAGGUCAAUAUCAGUUUUCUGUUGGAUGUGAACCAGAGUAGUAGUGUUGGUGACGUUAGCAUCUCCAUCAACACUAGUGGGGACAAUUAUGAAAACGAGGAUCUUCUGCACGACAACUCUGCCACUCUGAUGUUACCACUGAGAUAUGGUGUAGAUGUCAACAUCCAUGGGUUUAUGACUCCAACAUCCUUUGUAUUUGGUGACCAGGCACCUAUUCCAGUUGAUUGCUACACAGAGACAUUCAACUACACUUACAAGGUUGUCAAUAUUGGUCCAAGCAAAUCUCCCAACACGAUAGUGGAGAUUGAUAUUCCCAAGAUCCUAUCACCAUAUCCAUACAGAUUACUCCACAUCACAGACUUCCAUACGUCUCUUGGAGAAUGCUCCAUUCGAAAUGACUCCAUUGUGGUGGAGGAUGACUGUGAGGUGCCACAGUCCUCUUUCAUCAAAGAACUGGUCUUCUUCUUCUCCAAAACCAGCAAACGCAAAAUGUUCUGUGCCCAUGGUGAUGACCUUUGCCUGACUCUGGAGUGUAGACUAGGAGAUAUGGACAUUGCGAAAGAAGCCACCAUUCACAUGGAAGUGAAGCUGAAUCCUACCGUUCUACAGCUCUCACCUGGACGUCAUGGAGUGAUGCUGAUGGAGAGUACUGGCAUCAUCACAUCACCAAGGGAGGACCCUCAAACCAUCAUCCUACAGCAGAUCCCUAUCGCUCAGGUUGUGUUGGAGGCCCACUUCAGCCAGAAGCCUCAGGCAGCAGUGGAGGUGUUUAUCAUUGUAGUGAGUCUACUGGUGGGACUCCUGAUCCUGGCCCUGCUCAUCUUCGCCCUCUGGAAGGCUGGUUUCUUUAAAAGACAGUUUAAGAAGGAGGAUGAGAUCAGGAGGGAUAGCUGGGACUAUGUACCAAAACAUUUGACUAAGACUGAGAGUAGAUCCUAAGAUUGAGACCAAGACAGAGUGACUGUGUCCUAAUACAGAAUGGUUCUAUACUACAACAUGGACUAAGAGGCACAUUUUGACUGAGAUCAUCCAAACCCAAGGGAAAGAACUGCUGGACCAUUCAAAUUGUGAUGGCUCAGAAUGACAAGGAAAGAAAAAAUGUCAUUUCCCUAAAACAUGCAAGAGGAAAAGGCUGACCAAGUGUAAGUUUAAAAUGUGUUGUCAGCGGGACAAAUAUAUUACACUUUACCUCUGGGUUUGGUGCAGUAAGACUAUAAAACAUUUGAGUGUUUACAUUGUAAACAUUGUUAGAACAUGGACUAUGUACAUUAGAACAUGUAAUGUACAUUAGAACAUGUAAUGUACAUUAGAACAUGGACUACGUAUGUUAGAACUUGUAAUGUACAUUAGAACAUGUAAUGUGCAUUAGAACAUGGACUAUGUACAUUAGAACAUGUCAUGUACAUUAGAACAUGGACUAUGUGCAUUAGAACAUGGACUAUGUACAUUAGAACAUGGACUAUGUACAUUAGAACAUGUAAUGUACAUUAGAACAUGGUAUAUGUACAUUAGAACAUGUAAUGUACAUUAGAACAUGUACUAUGUACAUUAGAACAUGGACUAUGUACAUUAGAACAUGUACUGUACAUUAGAACAUGGACUAUGUACAUUAGAACAUGAACUAUGUACAUUAGAACAUGGACUAUGUACAUUAGAACAUGGACUAUGUACAUUAGAACAUGGACUAUGGACAUUAGACCAUGGACUAUGUACAUUAGAACAUGUCAUGUACAUUAGAACAUGGACUAUAUACAUUAGAACAUGGACUAUGUACAUUAGAACAUGUAAUGUACAUUAGAACAUGGACUAUGUACAUUAGAACAUGGACUAUGUACAUUAGAACAUGUCAUGUACAUUAGAACAUUGACUAUGUACAUUAGAACAUGUCAUGUACAUUAGAACAUGGAUUAUGUACAUUAGAGCAUGUCAUGUACAUUAGAACAUGGACUAUGUACAUUAGAACAUGGAUUAUGUACAUUAGAACAUGUAAUGUACAUUAGAACAUGUACUAUGUACAUUAGAACAUGGAUUAUGUACAUUAGAACAUGGGCUACAUGAUCUCACAGAAAUAGGCUUAUCAUUCCUGUUUUCAUUUCCUCCCAAGAUCUCAGGAAGUGAAAACAGAACAUUCCAUUGUCUUGCUAAAUAAGCACAAACCGAAACAAGAAGGUACUAUCUGUACCUGUCCAUUAAUUGAGGACUGCUCAUUUUCCAUUGCAAAACAUUUUGCUACGGUGUGCCCUAAUGAACAUGGCCCAUGUCUCACAGACCUGACUACUUGGAUUCGGUCGAGGUACACAACAUUUAUGAAUGCACUGCUGAAGCUUUUCUUUAUGCAUAGGAACUUCAUCUGUAUACACUCAGUGGCCAGUUUAUUAGGUACAACACCUUGUUCACGAAAAUGGUUCACUCCUACAGACAGUGAGUCACGUGGCUGUGGCUUGCUAUAUAAAGCCGGCAGACCGGCAUCAAGGCAUUCAGUUACUCUUCGAUUGAACGUUAGAAUGGGCAAAAUGAGUGACCUAAGCGACUUUGAGCAUGGCAUGAUCGUCGGUGCCAGGCGCGCCAGUUCCAGUAUCUCAGAAACGUCCGGCAUCCUGGGCUUUUCACGCACAACAGUGUCUAGGAUUUAACGAGAAUGGUGAGAAACAAAAAACAUCCAGCCAGCAGCAGGGCUGUGGACAAAAACAGCUUGUUGAUGAGAGAUGUCGAAGGAGAAUGGCAAGACUCGUGCAAGCUAAGAGGCGGGCCACAAACAAGCAAAUAACGGAGCAGUACACCGGCAUCUCAGAACACACAACUCGUCGGUCGUUGUCAUGGAUGGGCUAUUGCAGCAGACGACCGCACCGGUUUCCACUCCUAUCAGCUAAAAACAAGAAGAAGGGGCUCCAGUGGGCACGCGAUCACCAACACUGGACAAUUGAGGAGUGGAAAAACAUUGCCUGGUCCGACGAAUCCCGGUUCCUGUUACAUUAUGCUGAUGGCAGAGUCAGGAUUUGGCAUAAGCAGCAUGAGUCCAUUGCCUCCUCCUGCCUUGUGUCAACGGUACAGGCUGGUGGCGGUGGUGUAAUGGUGUGGGGAAGGUUUUCCUGGCACACUUUAGGUCCCUUGAUACCAAUUGAGCAACGUUUCCAUGCCCCAAAGAAUUCAGGCGUGUCUGGAGGCAAAGUGAGGUCCGACCCGGUACUAGAUGGGUGUAACUAAUAAACUGGCCGUUGAGUGUAUAUUGAUAUAUACACAUCUAUAUGUCAAAUCUAUAUCAGCAAUAGGUGUGUAUAUAUAUAUAGAAGUGGAUGGGACAGAAGUUUAAGCUUAUUUAUGUAGUACAGAACUGAAGACAACAGAAGGAUGAGGAGGACAAUGUAGUUUCAUCUGUGAAAAAAGGGUCUGUUGUUGGGUGUCACUCAACUGACUCACUGAAUGACACAUGCCACUCCUCAAGGGGACAGCACCCUGUGUGUGCGUGUGUGUGUGUGUGUGUGUGUGUGUGUGUGUGUGUGUGUGUGUGUGUGUGUGUGUGUGUGUGUGUGUGUGUGUGUGUGUGUGUGUGUGUGUGUGUGUGUGUGUGUGUGUGUGUGUGUGUGUGUGUGUGUCAGCAACUCAUACCAGUCAGGUCGUUCAAGAUUGACGUCGAAAUUGGACAUCUAUCUAUGUCCAGAGGCUGUCAGGAAAUGCCUUUUUAUAAUUGUUUUACCCUAUCCCAAACAUUAACCCUUACCUAACCAUUUGGAAGGAGUGCCUAAACUUAAUGUUUUAACCCUAUCCCAAACAUUAACCCUUACCUAACCAUUUGGAAGGAGUGCCUAAACUUAAUGUUUUAACCCUAUCCCAAACCUUAACCAUUACCUAACCAUUCGGACCCAUAACUUUGAAAUUUCACGUUUGGAGACAUGGAACGAUACAGAGCAGCAGGAGCAACAAAACACUUUUAAAUGUGAUGUUUGGAGCGACUUUGAAAUGUGAUGUUUGGAGCAACUUUGAAAUUGGAUGUUUGGAGCAACUUUGAAAUUGGAUGUUUGGAGCAACUUCAAAAUUUGAUGUUAUGAGCAACUUCUAAAUGUGGCGUUUACAGAACAGAUGAACAUCUGAUUCUGCAGUGAGACUGUGAGAGCUCGUUGCUCGUACACCAUGCCAGCAGAAGUUUUCAACGCAGUCAGAAAUAAAAAAUGAAAAAAGCUGGUUCUUCAGUGACUCAGAAAUGUUCCUCAAGGCAUAGCAGACAUGCCAGGCCUUAAAUGCAACACACGGAACACUGGCCUUCCCAUUUUUACAUUUUCAUCCCUUUCGAUUCCCUGUUGGAAUCUUUGGAAUCAGUGGAUUGUGUUCUUACUGUAGCUGUAAGGGAUUGGAACAUUCAGGUUUAGGAGAUGUGGUAUGCCUUGAUGAUGAUGAUGAUGUUUUGUUGUUGAAUGAGGAAUAGUGACAUGUUUUUACUGCUUGUAUUUUAAGGUUCAGGACAGUUAAUUCAGGGAGUCAACCUUUCUUGACCAAGUUGUCAGUUUUGACAAAAAUAAAGGGGGCACAUUCCAAUUUGAAUUUCAAUAAAAUAAAAUGAAAUUAUAAUUUUAUUUUUAAUAAAUAAGUGUGUGGUGUGUAAAAAUGAA